UCAACGUCCAUACCCUUGCAUAUCACUUACGAACUUUUUGAUUCGUCUCGACAUGUCCUGGAGAUAAUCAGACGUUAGCCCUUUGCUCGUCAUCCCAUCCUAUCAGACCUGCUUCCUACAAGCCUCCUUUCUGGACUUCUACCUUGCGAGGCGUUCUCAAGCCGGCACAGGCUCUCUUCCCUUUCUGGGGACAUCAUCCUCAUUACUUCUAGAUGUUUUUGCAGGUCUGAUAGUCAAAAUGGCCAACAGUCAUAUGGCUUCACCUAUCCCCAAGGACAGCGUGCAGGAGGAAGAGCAGCUGGUGGAAAUGCUUAGCCGUCUGAACCAGGUGCACCUUCAGCUGCGGCAGCUUCGCUCAACACUUCCACGCAUGUUAGGGCCAUUGAUGGACAAACAGCCUUCUCCCCAGGCUGCCUUUGCCGCCUACAUGCAGUCUGUCAACAGCACGACUAAGGAGGUCACAGGCUUUCGGGAAGCUGUUCGUGGCCUGCAAUCUGAGGGGAUCUUUGCUAGAGCGGCUGCCAGCCAGCAGGGGAACCCAAAGGGCAUCAAGCCAUGGCGAGCCCGUAAUGAUCCGGACUGGGCGAACCCAGAUCCUAAGCGGCGCCGGCUUUCUUGACAUAUCACAACUAGACGAUCUAGGUAGGAGCAGGUUUCUUUUUCGGGAUAUAGGCGUCUGGUGGGAAACAUCUAUCGGUUUUCUUUGGAUGGGAAUACGGAAUGAUACCAAAGGCAAGAUUAUCAUCUUGUUUGAUAGCCACGGUAACUAUAUUACAUAGGCACUUUUGAAACAAACAAGAAGCGAUACGUUCCCUA